ACCCAACUUGAAAAAAUUCGGGAUGAUCUUAAGAACAAUUCACACAAUGCAAUAAAGAUGGUACAGGAAAACGAUUGUAGGAUAGAUUCAUUCAGCAAUGAGGCAACGACUCUUGUAGAAAACAUGCGGGUUGAUAUGGAGCGGUUGGCUUCAGGGAAAUUUGAAGUAAAUAAUGACGACGCCAUUUCCGAGAUGGCCGACAUGCCUGUUGAAAAUCGUCCCGAAUCUUCAGCAUCGGUAUUAACAGAAAUCAACGGCGAUUGUCGGAAACGAACACGAAGUCAAAUGCCCAUACGGAAAAAGCGUCAUAAG